AUGGGCGACGAUGACAUACGCAGCCGACUUCUGCACCUGCGCAACCUCGAGGCGCUGAAUGAUCUCGAAGACGAGGUGCUCGCGCUGCGUAUCAAGGUCGCGGCUAUGGAGGCCCGUGAGAAAGGCUACAUCAACACCGAGAGUCAGCUGACGUUCGUCGCGGCCCGCAACGUCGAGCUCGAGCGCAUGGUCGUCUCCAGCAUGCAGGACGCCACCAAAACGUCAGAGGACCGAGACCGCUUGGCCAAGCGACUGGCCAAAGUGCAGGCCGACGCAAACGACGUGAACGCCCAGCUCGUUGCGCUGCAAGAGACCCACGCCGCAUCUGUGGAAGCGAGCGACACAGACGUUGCCGCAUUAAAGACACAGCUGGCCGACUCGAAGGCGAAGAUUUCUUGCCUCGAAGAGCGCGUUACGAACCUUGACGUCCGUGUCGAGGAACUGGAAGCAAGCGAACUCGACCUCCAGAGGCGCCUCGAAGCUAGCGAGGCGAGUACGUCGUCGUUGCGCAAUGUCAACGACCAAGUGUGUUACCAGCUUGCCGCGACCAAGCAUGAUCUGGAGGCCAUCACGCGGGAAAACGAAAAGCUCGCGGGUCGUCUGGCAACCCUUGAAACGCAGCUGCAAGAGCUGAGUGCGCAGCCUCCCGUUCCUGACGUUGGCCAACCCAGUGCGCCGGUUCGGUGCAAGCUCUGCACCGAGACUGAGACGCAGCUGGCACUUGCCACGAAGCAGCUCAUUGAAAUGACCCACCAGCGAGACCGUCUGGAUGGGGACCUCCAAGAUUGCAAGGUUCGCGCUGAAACCACCAAGUGUUUGGUGACGCAGCUGCAGCGAGACCUCGCGAUGGCCGACGCGCAUAGCACCAACCUCGCUGCCAAAGUCGACUCGCUUGAGGCAUACGUGCAGGACGUGGAAGCGUCGACAACAUUUGAAAAGUACAUGGCCAUGAAGAACGAGAACCGGUGCCUCUCACAACGUACAUCCCGCCACGGGUUCCCAAGCCCCCCAGUGUGCUCCGCAAGCAACUGAGCAGCUUACCACGGCCCAACCAAGAC